GAAGGGCGCCGGGCGGCAGCGCACGGAGGAGAGGAAGGGACCGGCCGGGCGGGGAGGGGACGGGACGGGACGGGACUGGGGACAUGAACGGCUCGGCGAGCUCGCCGCUGGACAAGGAGGAGCACCCGCUGCAGCUGGGCGAGAGCUUCGAGCGGCGGCCCAAGGCCUCCUUCCACACGAUCCGCUAUGAUUUUAAGCCAGCAUCGAUUGAUACAUCUUGUGAGGGGGACCUCCACGUGGGUAAAGGAGAUGAUGUAACAAUCACUUUACCACAUAUUCCAGGUUCAACUCCACCAAUGACUGUGUUUAAAGGAAAUAAAAGGCCAUAUCAGAAGGACUGUGUGCUUAUUAUCAAUCAUGACACUGGGGAGUAUGUGCUGGAAAAACUUAGUAGCAGCAUUCACGUCAAGAAAACAAGAGCAGAGGGCAGCAGUAAGAUCCAAGCCCGAAUAGAGCAACAGUCUGCCCGAGCAUCUCAGCCUCCUUCACAGUUCAGAGCCCCAACCAAGCCAGCAAUUGGACCUAAAACUUCUCCUUUGAAAGAUAAUCCUUCACCUGAGCCUCAGCUGGAUGACAUUAAGAGAGAGCUGAGAGCAGAGGUUGAAAUUAUUGAGCAGAUGAGCAGCAGCAGUGGAAGCAGCUCAUCAGAUUCAGAAAGCUCAUCUGGGAGUGAAGAUGAAAGCUCCAGCAGUGAGGGGGAAGAGCCAGCACAUGUUUCCCCUUCCCAGCCACCACACCAGCAGUAUAACAACAGGAAUGCUGUUGCUAAUGGCACCAGCAGGCCACAAGGAAGCAAUCAGCUCAUGAAUACGCUCCGAAAUGACUUGCAGUUGAGUGAGUCUGGGAGUGACAGUGAUGACUAGAGGCUGAGCUUUUGCUGUUUCUGUUACAUAUACAUGAAGAACUAAUUUACCUUGAAGUGAUCCUAUUGCUUAUGAAGAGGAGCUGGCACAGAGAUAGUUCCCUGUGUGGAAUUUUAAUACAAGAAGUGCAUAGCCCUAUAAAAUAGCAGAUGUUGAGGGCUGGUUUACUUGGUGAAUUCAGUGUAUAUUUUGUGUAUAUUCUUAUUCUUUUAAAGCUUUAAAUAGAUAUGUACAGUGGAUAAGCCAAUACAUGUUUCUCUGUUCCUGUCCACCAUCUGUAAGUUUAAUGUGUACCUGUAUCAUGUCAUCUAAAAAGUUCUUGUUUGUAGAAGAUAUUCAGCCCAUCAUGACUUUAUGGGGGACUUUUGUAUAUAGGGUAAGCAUGAGCCAACAAGGAGUUUAAAAAAACAUGCAGGAGCUAGUGUGUGCACUGAAGUGGGACUGUCGUAAAUUAAGUUUCAAUACUAAGUUGAUUUCUUUGGUUUGGGACUUUUCUAAUGUCUUUUUAUUGCUGUUUAGGGUUGAUUUAAUGGACUUACUUUUAAACAGUUGGAAAAUAGAAAUCAUAAAACCACGUUCAUCACAAACCUUGCUGCACCAGUGCCUUAUAAGCAGGUUUUUUAAAUAGUGCUUCAAUUCCUGCCACCUUUCCUAUAGGGAGCAAUAGUGAAACCUCCUCAGAUUGCUUUUGCAAACAAGAGCUGUAUUUCACAUACAGCCAACUGUACCCCAAGGGCAGUUACUCUAGCAAGAUGAAGGAUAUACAUCAGUCACCUGAACACAUCAAAAUAAGAACCAGAUCAGCAUUUUCUUUUGCAACUGAAGUGUCUCAUUUAACUCGGACAUUAAGACCUAGUCUUCAGAAAUGUUUAGGAGCCCAGUUACCAGUGAAAUUGCAGUGUCACAAAAAUAAGAUACUGGACUUAUUGAAAUUGUAAGACCAGAGCCUUCUUCACAGUUUCCUAGAGAAUGCAGAAAGAAGAGAUGACUAAACAAUUAACUGUGAAACAGCAGAAGUCUCUCUCCCACCACAGUUGUCCAGGUAGACUUUAGUCCAUAUUGUUUGUUGGAUGGGAUCUCUGUGCUUGGCAGGAAUACAGAGAACAUGAAAUAUUUGCCUAGGGUGAAAUUCACCCCUGUUUAAGGGGGUUUAAAGGGUGCUUAGUUGGAUUAUCAUUAACUUUUUUUGCUUGCAUGGAAAAUGAGUGCCACAGGCAGCUUCUUAUAGCUUGAACACCAAGCUGACUUUUUAAAACCAAAAUUCAACUGACAUAGGACAAGUGGUGCUGUAGUUGUGGUGUAAUCCAGGGGAAUAGGAAGCUGAACUGGAUGCCUCUCCAUUUUUAAGUGUCUGCUUUGCACUGCUUUUGUCUUUCUGUUAGUUUGUGUUUUAAUGCCUGUUUGUUUACUGAGCUCUUUCCUUUUUUUUUUUUUUUUUAAGGUGUUGAAGAACAAGGCGACAUUUGAAGGGAGAUUUUAUUAAAUGGUUUAUUUUUUUGCAUAAGAUACAUAUUUGUGCAUAUUUUUGCAUCAUUGUACAUACAUUUAAAAAUACUUGGUUUUUUAAAAGUCUUUUGUGAUGUGGGUACAUAUUUUAACAGACAAUUAUGAAAUAUACUUGAUGGAAAGCCAGAA